AACUUUCAUUUUGGGCAAAAUGGAUUUUGUUGACGUGCAAGUUGCCGGCGAAAAGAAAUACGCAAAACAAGAUGAAACACCUAUUCAGUAUGGUACAGCCGGAUUUAGAACGAAAGGAAAUCGUCUAAAUCAUGUUAUUUACAGGAUGGGUGUUUUGGCAGCCAUUCGAUCUGCUUGUAAAAAUGGAGCCACGAUAGGUGUUAUGAUUACAGCUUCUCACAACCCGGAAGAGGAUAAUGGUGUCAAAUUGGUGGAUCCAAUGGGAGAAAUGCUUGGUCCAGAAUGGGAAAAAUACGCUACAGAAAUUGCAAAUGUAUCUGAUAAUGAGCUUGGAUCCGCCCUCCAGGUGUUGGUGAAGGCUCUCGGAGUAACAAGUCUCAAUAAUAGUCGAGUGGUAUUUGCCCGUGACACAAGACCAAGCAGUGUGACCCUUGCAGAAGCCCUGGAGGCAGGGAUCAAAACAGCAGGUGCCCAAUGUCAGAACUUUGGUCUUCUUACUACACCACAAUUGCAUUAUAUUGUCCGGUGUAUUAACACCAAUGGAGAGUAUGGAAAACCCACAGAAGAUGGUUACUUCGAGAAACUCACAGGGGCUUUCCUCAAAUUGAGAAACAUGAGAAAAAUGAAAAAGAUGAAAAUACUGGAAUCUUAUAAUGCCUGUCUUUACUUGGAUGCAGCAAAUGGAGUGGGGGGAGGAAAGGUCCCUACUCUGCAGGCUAGAUUAGGGGAACUUCUGAAGAUCAACCUUGUGAAUGAUGGAAGUGGUAAACUGAAUCAUGAAUGUGGAGCUGAUUUUGUUAAAGUUCAACAGAAACCUCCAGCAGGAGUUAGCUUGGCUCCUGGGCAGAGAUGGGCUUCAUUUGAUGGUGAUGCAGACAGAAUUGUAUACUACUUUCUUGGUGUUACAGAUAAAGAAUUUCAUCUCCUAGAUGGUGACAAAAUUGCAACAUUAGUGGCUGGGUACCUUAAAGAUCUUGUUCAAGAGACAGGACUCUCUAUCAAUCUUGGAAUUGUUCAGACUGCCUAUGCUAAUGGCAGUUCCACUAGCUACAUCACAGACACCUUAAAGGUCCCAGUGGCUUGUGUUCCAACAGGAGUGAAACAUCUUCAUCACAAAGCACAAGAAUUUGACAUCGGGGUGUACUUUGAGGCCAAUGGCCAUGGUACUGCUUUAGUGAGUGACUCUUCAUAUGCUCUCUUGCAGAAAGCAGCUCAAGACAUCAAACUGACAGAAAAACAAAGAGAAGCGUGUGAUCUACUGCUUUGUGUCAUAGACUUGAUAAAUCAAACUAUAGGUGAUGCAAUAUCUGACAUGCUCCUUGUUGAGAUGAUCCUAGCUAGCCUGGACUGGGAUGUAGAACAAUGGAACAAAGCUUACACAGAUCUUCCUAACAGACAGCUGAAGGUCAAGGUCAAAGACCGCUCUGUAAUCCAAACCACAGAUGCUGAGAGAAAAGCCUCCACUCCCCCAGGUCUUCAGAAUGCCAUUGAUGACCUUGUAGCCCAGUACACUAGAGGUCGUUCCUUUGUGCGUCCCUCUGGUACAGAGGAUGUUGUCCGUGUUUAUGCAGAGGCGGACUCUCCGACUGCCGCUGAUAAGCUGGCCUAUGAGGUGGCUGCUGUGGUCUACAAGAUGGCGGGAGGUGUGGGGGAAGAGCCUAAACCUCCUCAAUGAUGACAGGGAGUUUAGGACUUUAGAGGUUUCUUGUGACCAAGCAAAAAUUUGAGAGAAAAAAAACAACAAGUAGCUUAAUUAAGUUUUAGGGCCUGUUACUCUGGAUUCUUAGAUUCAUUAUGUAAUUUUACUGAAUGAAUGUGGGUUUAUAUGUUAGUUUACCAAAGAUUAGUGUUUAUUCAAUGAUUUUUUAAAGGUUGAUUUGUAUUGAACAUUGAUGAAUUGAUUGUUAAAUUGAUAAGUGAUUUUAUCCACAGAUAUGUUGAAUCCUGAUUUUACUAUUUAGAUAUUGACAUUCCAUAAUUAAACAGUCAGGGCAUUAUUUAUAAAAUUAUUUUAUAGAACAAUCAAAUUGAUCUAAGUUGUGAUUAUCGCAUUAUGAUUUUUUUUCAUAGAUAUAUAAAUUAGGUUACAGUUGUAUCAUUUAGUUAGUGCAUUUUUUAAUAUACAUUUGGUGUAUU